CCCGAGGCCGAUGGGCAGCGGGCGGCCGCGCUCGGUGCCGGCGGCUCCGGGCAGCGGGACCCCGCGGGUGCGGAGCGGUGCUGAGCGGUGCUGAGCGGCCUCCCCCGGCCCUCGGCCAUGCCCCCCUGCAGGCACCGACAGUAGCCGGGCCGCCCGGUGCAUGGCACAGCUAUGGAGGUGGUGGACGAGACGGAGGCUCUGCAGCGCUUCUUUGAAGGCCACGACAUUAAUGGAGCUCUGGAACCAUCUAACAUCGACACCAGCAUCCUGGAGGAGUACAUCAGCAAGGAGGACUCCCCAGACAUCUGUUUCCCUGACAUCCCUGCUUCAGGCAGCUACUCACACCCCCAGCCCUCCAGCUCCAGCAGUGCCAGCGCUGCCAUCGCCACCAACCCCAGCAGCUCCCUGCACCUCCCUCCCCCUGGCAGCCACGGCCCCAUCCGACAUGGGCCUCUCCUGCCCAGCCCUUGUGGACCUGCCUACAGCGCUCACCUCAACUGCAACAACAACAAUGGCAUGGUGGUGCCCAAGGGCUACCUGGGCAGCCACUGCCUGAGCAACGUGGUCCCUCCAAUCAAAUCAGAGCCCAAGGCCUCCUAUGCACCUGGCACUUUACCUGACUCUCCCCCGGACUCUGGAUCUGAAGCCUACUCCCCUCAGCAGGUCAAUGAUCCUCAUCUCCUCCGGACCAUGACCCCCGAGAACAUGUGCCACAUGACGCCCCCAUCUCGCCUGGAGCACCCUCCUCCUCCUCCUCCUCCUCCCCCACCACCUCCCCCUCCCCCUCCCCACCUCCCAGGUCCUCCCCCACCUCCCCCUCACCCCCAGCAGCAGCAGCACAACCCCCACUUCCCCGGGCUGCAGCGGGACAUGUACCUGAAGGCUGAGCCCCUGCUGCCAGCCUACGGGCUGGGGCAGAGCAUGGCACCCCCUGAGCUGCACCAUGCCCAGCAGUCCCACAUGCUGCACCAGCUCCUCCAGCAGCAUGGAGCAGACCUCCCAGUGCACCCUGCCAAGAAGAGGAAACACUCUGAGUCACCCCCCAACACCCUCAAUGCCCAGAUGCUCAACGGGCUGAUCAAGCAGGAGCCGGGGAUGGGGUCGGUGCCGCUCAACCCUGACAGAGUCCAGACGCCUCCCUGGCACCAGCCAGGAGCCCUCUCACCAGGCCUGAUUCAAGAUAGUGACAGCUUGAAUGGCUCCUACUUGGAUCCCAACUACCAGUCCAUCAAGUGGCAGCCACACCAGCAGAACAAGUGGGCAACUCUGUAUGAUGCCAACUACAAGGAACUCCCCAUGCUCACCUACCGUGUGGAUGCUGACAAGGGCUUCAACUUCUCCGUGGGGGACGACGCCUUCGUGUGCCAGAAGAAGAAUCACUUCCAGGUCACAGUGUACAUUGGCAUGCUUGGGGACCCCAAGUAUGUGAAGACCCCAGAGGGCCUCAAACCUUUAGAGUGCUUCUACCUGAAGCUGCAUGGAGUGAAGCUGGAAGCCUUGAACCAGUCCAUCAACAUAGAGCAGUCGCAGUCGGACCGCAGCAAACGGCCCUUCAACCCCGUGACGGUCAACCUGCCUCCAGAGCAGGUCACCAAGGUCACUGUGGGGCGGCUGCACUUCAGUGAGACCACGGCCAACAACAUGAGGAAGAAAGGCAAACCCAACCCAGACCAGAGGUAUUUCAUGCUGGUGGUGGCCCUGCAGGCACAUGCACAGAACCAGAACUACACGCUUGCAGCCCACAUCUCUGAGCGCAUCAUCGUCAGGGCCUCCAACCCAGGGCAGUUUGAGAGUGACAGUGAGGUGCUGUGGCAGCGGGCACAGCUCCCUGACACCGUGUUCCACCACGGCCGCGUGGGCAUCAACACGGACCGGCCGGACGAGGCGCUGGUGGUGCACGGCAACGUCAAGGUCAUGGGCUCCCUCAUGCACCCCUCGGAUGCCAGGGUCAAGGAGGACAUCCAGGAGGUGGACACCACAGAGCAGCUGAAGAGGAUCUCCAGGAUGCGCCUGGUGCACUACAGCUACAAACCCGAGUUUGCAGCCACAGUGGGCAUUGACAACACCUCUGAGACAGGUGUCAUUGCUCAGGAGGUGAAGGAGAUCCUCCCUGAAGCUGUGAAGGACAGUGGGGAGCUGGUCUUUUCCAACGGGAAGACCCUGGAGAACUUCUUAGUGGUGAACAAGGAGAGGAUCUUCAUGGAGAACGUGGGGGCAGUGAAGGAGCUGUGCAAGCUGACGGACAACCUGGAGACCCGCAUCGAUGAGCUCGAGAGGUGGAGCCACAAACUGGCCAAGCUCAAGAGGCUGGACAGCAUGAAGUCAACUGUGAGCUCUGGGGCAUUCAGCCAAACGGGAAGCCAGUUCAGCCGGGCGGGCAGUGUGCCCCACAAAAAGAGGCCCCACAAAGUAGCCAGCAAGUCGCCGUCGGCUGUGCCGGAGCAGACCUGCAUCAGCCAGCGCUUCCUGCAGGGCACCAUCAUUGCCCUGGUCAUCAUCAUGGCUUUCAGCGUGGUGUCCAUGUCCACGCUGUACGUGCUGAGCCUGCGCAGCGAGGAGGAUCUGGUGGACGUCGACGGGUCAAACCAGAACCUUGACAAGACGCAGUCGGUUCGUUCCACGGCGGCCUCGGGCAGAGCCAGCGCCAAGCCCAGCACACACCAUGCCCCAGAGGGCACACAGGACUUCAGCUCAUCUGGUCACAGUGUCCUGGCCUGUUUCAGCCCACCCUGCUUCUCCACCUGCUGCUCUGCUGCUCCCACCAACAUCUCCUCAGCUGCCCCCUCUGAGACCAGCCCCACUCACGCCACCAACACGACAGACCAAAGCCAGAGCUCGCUCCUGCCAGCCACAAACAUCAAAGGCAAAUCCAGGGGCAUCGGCGGCAAAGCAGCCUCCUACACCAAGUGGCCAAAGGCUCCUGACAGGUCUCAGGGCAGCCCCAAUGCCAGCCCCAAUGCCAGCCCCUCCUCCCCCUUCACCCACAGCCAGGGCAAAUCCAAGUACAUCUCGAAGCUCUCGCUGUCCCGCAGCGACUCGGCGCCGGGGCAGGUCCGGCAGCAGCGCAGCCUCGGGCGGCCCCGCGCCCCGCAGCCCGGCCCCCACGGGCCCAGCCCAGUGCUGCAGUCUGUCCGGAUCCUGGAGAUCAACAUGUCCCUCCAGCCCCGGGACUGUGCCGCCGCUGCCGCCUGCCGGACCGGCAACUUCAGCUCCCGCAUCCCCGUCAGCCAGCUCACAGCAGUGAACACCAACCUCACCCUGGAGAUGAACUCCUCCUCCGCUGUGUCCAUCUCCCUUUGUGGCCUCGUGUCCAGUGACCCCUGCCAGGACUCUGUGAGUGGCAACAGCUCCACUGGCACCACAGCCACGCAGGAAACAACACACCGCUGGCCUCUGCUGAUGAUGUCCUUCCAGGAGUUCACCUACCACUUCAGAGUGGCACAGCCUGGCCAAGCCAACUGCAGCACUGCUCCUGAGCACAUGGGACACCUUUUCACUGACUAUUACUUUCAGUUUUACUGGCUGUGUGAGUGAGCCCUGGCAGCACCAGUGCCCUCUGUGGCUGGAGAGAGAAGGGAGACUGGUGCCACUGGGGAGUCUCCUGUGCACCCCUCCUCCACUAGCCCCCAGCGCCACUUCACCCCCGUGUCCCACGUGGGGCUGGUUUGGUUGUGGGUGGUGACCCCAGGGCUGAAGCAGGACGCAGGACCCGAGCCCCAGGACACACCAGCAGCCCUGGGGGACCUCCUGGGCUCGGCCCACACCCGCUCCCACCACCAAACAUCUCCCUCCUUCCCUUACUGGGGAUGCUCGUGUCCUCAGUGGCUUCUCCCUCCUCUUCCCACACUGGAUUCUGGAAGCAUUCCACUGGACUGAAGGUGGCCAGGUCUGCUGCACCCCAGAGCACAGCUGGGGAGCUCUUGUCGUGUCCUGGCUCCGAGGCCCCAGACGACACUGGAAUUGCUCGACACUGGAGCCCUUUCCCAGAGAGAAAAGCUGGAGUUGGGCCUGGAAAGGGAGGCUGUGCCUGGACAUACUGGAAGUCAUACACUGGAGUUGCUGUUCCUUCUAGUUGGUCCCCUGCAGCCCCAGGAAUGGACUGUCCUCUGUGGACAAGCAGCUGCAGCAUCGGCCCCGGCUGUCCCCGCUCCUCGCUGGACUCUUUCCACUUCUACCCUGUCCAGGUCUGGAUGGAUAAACUCCACAACUCCACCAAAGCUGCUGCUGAGGCUUUGUGCCCAGACCCCAAACCCUGGGUGGGGACAGUCCCCUGGGUGAAAAAACUCAGCUGCCUGGUGGGACUCUGCUGGGAGCCGUUCCCGUGCGGAGCCGCCCGCUGGGCUCUGCAGCCAGCACAGCCCCCCUCUGCCCUGCUGAGCAGAAAGGAGCCCCCCAGUGCAGGCUGGUGAGCCCUGCAGAGCAAGGCUGGGUCGCUGGGGGCACGCUUGGCAGGGCUUUGCUGCAGCCCUGGGUCUCUGCCAGGCACUGGAGAGGCUGCUCCUCUGCCCCUCUGUUCCUCUACGGCCGAGACCCUUCCCCGAGUGGAUUUGGGGUGUUUUACUGUUACAAGUUCUUAACUUGCUAAACUACUGAAUUCUGGGGGGUUGUUUUUCCUCUUCCUUUGUUUUUAAAGCAGUAUAAAAAUGGGUCUCUUCAUCCUGCCCUGACUGAGCUACUGAUUGUGUCUCGAGCAAGAGACCAAAGGGCCUCUGCCAAGCUUCCACGGUCCAGCUCCAGAGCGGUGCUGGGACACGUCAGACUGAGCACCCAGCACACCUCUCCUCCUCCAGCACCUCCUGCCAGAGGAAACACCCACGUGCCUGGAGGCUGAGCCACCUCUCCCUGGGGCUCUGACACCCGAGAGCAGCCACGGUGAGGGGCAGAGCAUGCCCUAGUGCUGACCAGAGCCAAGAGCACACCUUGCCCCUUCCCCAGGCAUGGCCAGCUCACCCCCAAACUGCUUUUGGGCAUCUGCUAGCAGGCUGUGGCUGCUGCAUUUUGGUGCCUUGAGUGGAGACAAGAGGCAGAAGCAGGAGCCUGGCAAAGCCUGGCCUUUGCCAUGGUGGCACCAGCACUGAGGAGCGUGGGGCUGGCUCCGCUGCUCCGGAGAAGCAACCUGCAACGACCUUUCUUGUCGGUUUCUUUUCAUCCACAUCCCAUCUCUUUGUUCCUGUGCACAGCUCGUGGGAGCCUCCCCAGCCUUCUGUCUCCAAGCUGGGGAGCAGUUGGCUGUCCCAUCAGCCAGGCUUGUCCCAGCCAAGGAGCCGAAGCCCUCGCCAGGAGCUCACCAAAGGCCUUUUAUUCAUAGAGCGGCUUCAAGGGCAGCUUCUCCCCAGGCAGCAACCCCUGAACCCUGCCUUGGUGAUGCUCUGCAGUUACUGCAGGAGGCAGAGGGUGAGCUCAGGGCCUGCCUGACUCUGGGGAGCUCAGUGGCAGAGGUGCUGAGGCUUGGGAGCAUCUCCACAGCAGCAGCUGAGGCUCCUGCACAGCGGGAUGCAGCUGGGGAGGAAACCUCUGGCUGUAGCUCUCUGGAGAAGCUGCUCAGCACUCUUUUCUUUCCCCCUCCUCCCUUUUCUGCUUGGCCUUACAACUGGGAAGUUCCUUCCUUGGCAGCUUUUAUUCUCCACUUGGCAAUCAGUGGCCCAGUCUGGUGAGUCCUCACUCAGGUGAGUGAUGCCACGUGCUCAGCUGCCAGGUGGAGCCUUCUCAGACCUGCUCUUUGCCUUUGUGUGCUCAUUCAGCCCCUGGAGAGGUGAGGGGUGGUGGUGUGAGGGCCAGAGCUGAAAGCACUGCCUGCAAUCACCACCUCCAGGCCAGCCCCUCGUGCUGGAUGAGACCCACAAGUCCAUCUUCCCCCAGCUCCUGGAGGGGAGGAAUCAAUCAGUCGGUGGCAGCAGUGGCCCCAGAGGAGAUGGGAGUCUCUCAGGUGUCCCUGUGCUGCUUCACUCUGGGCUUUCCAAGGGCCCACCCCCAGCAAAACAAGUGCCUGAGGCCCACGGGAGCAUCUCUAGUGCCUUUCUUUGUGCUACCAGGAGGGAACAGUGGCUUCCCCACACCUGCAUUAAACACCACGUGCCUCAAAACCAGUGGCCAGUGAGAUGAGAAGCGAGCUGAGGCAAAACCUACAGCACCAAGCCCACAGCAAUCCCUGCUACCCAAGGAGAGGGACUCAGAACACAGCCUUUGGACUUGCCUCGUUGUCUUAAAAGCCUCUUCACAAAGCACAGGGAGGCAGACCCCAGUCACAAGGGGUCUGUCAUUAUUAAGGGUCCCAGGAUUGCUCCUGAGCCCACAGCCCUGUGGACUCUUCCCCCCCCAUUCAAAGGCAUCUCUGCCCCAACUGCAGACGCCUUCCCCAGCCCCAAUCAGUAACAGACUUAACAAUCAGGCCUUGCCCAUGCCUCCAGCCUUACAGCUUGGGGGGGAAAACCCUCCCUUUCCACUGGAAAAAGAAGAGACACUUCAUCUCCAGCCCUUCAUGGCAGGAAAGGAACCAAGAAACGAGGCCCCUGGCCAAGGCUGGGCCGCUUCAGAGUUUGUUUCAAAAGCAAAUUCACACACAGGCUCUGUCCUGCCCUUCAAGAGCUUAAAGCCUGUAAAUAGAGACUGUGGCACCACUGCAAGACAACAAACCCCCAACACCCAAGUAAAAGCACUAAUGUCUUUGUUUAAACCUUUGCUGUCACAGCUUUAAUCACUGUAUAUUGCCAGCGAGUUUGUAGAGCUGCAUCCUUAGCAGGUAUUAUUGAUCCUGGGGUUUUAUUUGGGG